AGUGCUUCCUGUCUGGCUGUGUGGCUUCCCCUCCAACAGCAGACUGUGGAGACUGAAUCCUCGGAGCUGUCAACAUGUUUCUGACGAGGCUUUGUGCUCCUCUGAUACCGCGGUGUGUUUGCCCCGUGGUCACGCGGACUGUGUCCCCGUUCCAAACUCACACAGCUCAGCUGGACUCGAACAGGACGUCCGUGGUGCGCUGUGGUCGGCAGAGGUAUGAGAGGCUGUACCCGGUGAUGCUGGUCCGCCCUGACGGCUCCACAGUCAACAUCAGAUACAGAGAACCCAGACGCAUCCUCAUGAUGCCAGUCAAUCUGUCCACUCUGUCUGAAGAGGAGCGCCGAGCGCGACAGAAAAAGAGGGAAGUGAAGAAGCUGAAAAAAGAGACGCCGGUCCACUAUGAAGAUGAUUUCGAAGCUGACAAAUAUAGCCAAUUCUGGAAGAAGAAAUGAACUAUUAUACAGUGAACCACGGCUGAGGCAACAACCCUAAAAAUCCAUCUCUCACUUGAAGCUUCCAUGUGUCCGUAUGUAGUGUGUUUAAAUUUGGUUUAAUUUUCAUUCCAGUAAAGGGAUUCCUCCAGAAGAUUCCAACAGGAUACUGAAACCCAGUGUAAUGACGUUUUUAUGGCACGAUAAACUCUGCUAUUGAGUUUUACUUUGACCAUAGAUUUCUUCUUAAAAAUAUAAAACAACCUAUUGAAGCUGAAAACCCCAGCAGUGAUAAGUAAAUAAAUAAUUUUAAAGCUGAGUAUCCAUUUGAUGAAUUUUCAUCAAAUACACAAACUUGUUGGAAAUGUUUUUGGGCCUGCUCGUGGCCUGGCCAGUGCCUGAACAACUAACGGCCUCCGGGCCUGAUGCGGCCCUUCUGAGUUUUCCUAUUGCCUGCAAGACUCUGGCUAAUAUGUGUGUGUAUGUGUGUUAAAUUAAAACUAUGGUCUUACUCUUA